AUGAUACCUUCAUCUGUUCCAAAUGAAUUGCAGAAUUUAACUCAGAUUGAGGAAAUGUUAAUUGCUCGUGCUUUGCCUAUUAUGAGAGUUUAUAUUAAACCUGGCGGCCAACGAGGUUAUUCAGGGCAUUGUAUUAAAUUGGCCCAAAAUGUCACAGAACUUGCAACAUCUUUGCCAAGGUAUCCCAAAGACUUAACUGUGAUUAUUGUCAAAGUAAAAGGUAAAGAUAACACAUUCAGAGAUGUGACAGUGCGAAAGCAAAAAGUGCACAAUGCCUUAGUUUGGCUUAUCAAUAAUAACCCACAUUAUUCUGAGUUAACAAUUAAUGAAGAAACAUUAAAUUCAUUACCUGAAAAUGGUGUACCACCAGGUCUUAUGACUGUUGAGACUGAUGAUGAUAUAGUCUCAGAUGACGAUUGUUCUCCUGAUGUAGGUCCUACUGAUAAUCCAUCAGAAGAUAUUGUUUAUAAUGACUCUCCUGAAAUGAGUAGUUUUUUACCUUUUGGCGAACAACAACAACAGGAAAUUGAAGCUGUUAGAAGUCAGCUUUCUGAAAAUGAGCCAAUGCCAUGGCCCUCGGUUGAAAAUGAGCCAUUAAAUGAGUAUCAG